AUGGAUAUUGACGCGGACCUGGGCCCGCGCGUGACGAUCCGUCAGACUGAGCAGGACCACGUGGACUUCAUCUUACGUGGUGUUGAUCUCUCCGUCGCAAACUCCAUUCGUAGAAUCAUGUUAGCAGAAGUGCCUACUUUGGCCAUCGAUUUGGUCGAAAUUGAUACUAAUACCUCCGUUCUUGCAGAUGAAUUGCUCCUGCACAGGUUGGGGUUGAUUCCUCUCAUUUCGGAGGGUAUCGAGAACCUCUCUUACUCACGAGAUUGUACUUGUGACCAAUACUGUCCCAAUUGCUCGGUGAAACUCGAGCUUGCUGCGCGUUGUGACUCGGACAGCACCAUGAAUGUAUACGCGUCGGAUCUCGCCAAGUUUCACAACGGUCUGCGGUUGGGUGACCCCGUUAUUCGCGAUGCACAACAGCGCGGGCCGUUGAUCUGUAAGUUGAGAAAACAUCAAGAGCUUCGGCUUACGUGUAUUGCCAAGAAGGGAAUUGCGAAGGAGCAUGCUAAGUGGCUGCCUUGUGCGGCCAUCGGCUUUGAGUAUGACCCAUGGAAUAAGCUCAAACAUACUGAUUAUUGGUACGAGGUGGAUGCAGAUGCAGAGUGGCCGAAGCUGGCCAAUUGUGAAUGGGAGGAGGCCCCUGAUCCCGAUGCAAACUUUGACUACACUGCAGUUCCCUCUAAUUACUAUGUUGAUUUGGAAACUGUGGGCAAUUUGCCGCCCAAUGAGGUGGUUGUGCGUGGAAUUGAAACAUUGCAAUUAAAGCUUGCGGGUAUUGCUGUAGAGCUUAACAAGGACUCUGUGGAGGCCAAUGAUGCCGCCGCUGGUGCGCUUACCACAUACGGUCGCUCGCCUGCUCGCGACGGUGAUUCUCCAAACAAUGGAUAUGCAUACGGCGAAGGCUUCGGUAGCUCUGGGUGGUAA